GGCAUCCAUGCUAAAAAAAGUUUUUAUGGUCCCUUCGCCACAGAAGAAGCCACAGAAGGUAAAAAUGGUGCAUGAUAUAUUUCUAGCUUAUGGUUUGUUACAAAAUUAGUAAUUAAUAAUCAUAAAUAAUACAGUAUAUACUUAUCAAUGUUUAUUAGGAUCAAUGCUAAAAAUCCACAAGAACUUUCAAAAUUGAAGUAGAGAUUGUAGUUUAAAGAAGAUAAGGGGAAAGCAAGUUUUUCAAAACCAUUUACAAUUGGUCAUAUGAUGGAUUGUAUCUCUUGAUGUUACAAGGCAAUAGUGUUUGCCAUUGAUGAUAAAGUUGUUUUCAAUGAUAAAUACAUGUACUGCAAAUAUUGUUUAAAAAUACAGUACCGGUACUUUGAAUACCGGUACUUUGAAAUAAAUAAAAUUGAAUUGAAUUGAAUACAUGUUCAGUAGAUAUACGUACAUGUACAAUGUAGAUACCUGUAUCAAAAAUUGCACUUUAUUUUAAGUUUCAUGGGUGCAUGGCUCUAAAGCAUGACUUGUCACCCUUGGCUCUUUGUGGAACAAAAUUCAAGCAAACUCAUUGUCGUCCAUGCUCUUUAUGAUCUACUUUAAGGGAAACACACUCAACAGAACCACCAUUCGCCACUUGAGAUCAAAGAGGCAGAAAGAGAGUUGCAUAAUGAACAAGAUAUGGACUUUGUCUAUAUCGAGAGAGACCCAAAGGACGAAAGCUUCAAAGCUCAUGUACUUGAUGCAGCUGUGCUUUCCUCAGUAAAAGCUUCUGACCUUCUUCAUGAAGAAAAUCAGGACAAUUCAGCAUUGGAGCGCGAUCUAUCAGCCAACGAGAUAGAUGAAUGCAACAACAUGGAUUCUAUGACAAUGCAAGAUACCAGUAAUCAAGAUGGGUAUGAAGAACAAGUAAUAGCAACAGCUUCCGACCUUCUUCAUGACAAUCCAGCAUUGGAGCGCCCUCUAUCAGAAAAUGAGAGAGAUGAAUGCAACAACAUGAAUACUUUGGCAGUGCAAGAUACCAGUAUGCAAGAUGGGUAUGGAGAACAAGUAAUAGAUAAAUCAUGA